AAAAAGUAAAAGACCAUAUAAUACUAUAAUGCGAUUGCUUUGAAGAUAGAGAGGUCUGAAAAACAACAUUGUGUGUAACGGAGAGAAAUAAUGGGAGCUACCGAUGAUGAAGCAGUUUAUGUUUCUUCACAAAUCCACAAUCAAGAAUCAGAUAUUGAACUCAUUCAAACGUUACCUCACACAACUACUUCACUCAGUGGACCUUUGAACAAAAGGGUAGUUAGAAAAAGUUCCAAGUUAUUAAACGUUUCAAACUCAAGCUCUGCCAUAGAUCUCUGCCAAGAUGAACAAGAACAAGAUUACGUUGAAAUCACUAUGGAUAUUCAAGGUGAUUCUGUUGCUUUACACAGUGUUAAACCUGUUACAGGAAACAGUAACGAUCGUGGUGAAGAUGAGAAACUUGUUUUACUUGGUAAAGGAAUGGAAAAGAAAAGGUCUUUUGGUGCUUCUUUUGUGAGAAGUGCUUCUAUUCGUAUGAAGCAAGUUUCUCAGGAGCUGAAGCGUUUAAGUUCUUUUGCAAAACAAGUUGGACCUGAGAAAGUCAAGUAUGAUAGGACUAAGUCUGCAGCUUCUUAUGCACUUAUGGGACUCAAGUUUAUCAGUCAGAAGACUGAUGGUGACAAGACUGAUGGUGGUGCUGGAUGGUUUGAGGUUGAGAAACAGUUUCAGAUUCUUACUUCUUCAAAUGAUGGUUUGCUUCAUCGUUCUCUCUUUGCCAAAUGUAUAGGGAUGAACAAGGAGUCUGAGGCCUUUGCAAGUGAGCUAUUUGAUGCUCUUUCUAGGAGGAGAAAUAUUCAUGGAGAUUCAAUUAAUAAGGCACAGUUGAAGGAUUUUUGGGACCAGAUUUCGGACAAUAGUUUUGAUUCUAGGCUCAGAACCUUCUUUGACAUGGUUGAUAAAGACGCAGAUGGAAGAAUCACAGAGGAAGAAAUUAAAGAGAUUAUUUGCCUUAGUGCCACUACAAACAAACUCUCAAACAUACAGAAGCAGGCAGAGGAAUAUGCUGCUUUGAUCAUGGAAGAACUAGACCCUGAUGACACAGGAUUUAUCAUGGUAAACGACCUGGAAAUACUUUUGUUGCAUGGACCAACUCAUUCUACAAGAGGAGAUAGCAAGUACCUAAGCCAAAUGCUAAGCAUAAAGCUUAAGGCUACAUAUGAACACAAUCCUGUUAGGAAGUGGUAUAGAGAUACCAUGUACUUUCUGCAGGACAAUUGGAAAAGAACUUGGAUAUUGGUACUAUGGAUUGGUGUUAUGUCAGGUCUAUUUGCCUACAAAUUCAUGCAGUAUAGAAGAAAAGCUGCUUAUGAUGUAAUGGGACAUUGUGUGUGCAUGGCUAAAGGUGCAGCUGAGACACUCAAAUUGAACAUGGCUAUUAUCUUGUUACCUGUUUGCCGAAACACUAUCACAUGGCUUAGGAACAAGACCAAACUAGGCAUUGCUGUUCCUUUUGAUGACAACCUCAACUUUCACAAGGUGAUAGCUGUGGCAAUAUCAAUUGGAGUUGGUAUACAUGCAAUUUAUCAUCUUACUUGUGACUUUCCUCGCCUUCUUCAUGCAAACAGUGAAAAAUACAAGCUCAUGGAACCAUUUUUUGGAAAACAACCAUCAAAUUAUUGGCAUUUUGUGAAAUCAUGGGAAGGAGUAACAGGGAUUAUAAUGGUUGUUUUAAUGACAAUAGCCUUCACACUGGCUAGCCCUUGGUUCAGAAGAGGAAGGGUUAAACUACCUAAACCCCUCGAUAGUCUAACUGGUUUCAAUGCAUUUUGGUACUCCCAUCAUCUCUUUGUAUUUGUCUAUGCCCUUUUGAUUGUGCAUGGACUCAAACUUUACUUGACUAAGGAAUGGUACAAGAAAACGACCUGGAUGUAUUUGGUUAUUCCUAUCAUCAUUUAUGCAUUGGAAAGAUUGACUAGAGCACUCAGAUCAAGCAUCAAGCCUGUGAGAAUAUUAAAGGUGGCUCUUUAUCCUGGAAAUGUGUUGGCUCUUCAUAUGUCAAAGCCUCAAGGAUUUAGAUACAAGAGUGGACAAUACAUGUUUGUAAAUUGUGCUGCUGUCUCUCCAUUUGAAUGGCAUCCAUUUUCCAUAACCUCAGCUCCAGGAGAUGAUUACCUUAGUGUUCACAUCAGAACAUUAGGUGACUGGACUAGGAGUCUCAGAGUCAAAUUCUCAGAGAGUUGCCUUCCACCAACACAUGGGAAAAGUGGACUUCUAAGAGUUGAAUGCUUGCAAGGGGAUAGCAGCCCAAGUACGCUUCCUAAAGUUUUGAUUGAUGGUCCAUAUGGAGCACCUGCACAAGACUACAAACAAUAUGAGGUAGUUUUACUUGUGGGCCUAGGAAUUGGGGCCACCCCAAUGAUAAGUAUACUAAAGGACAUAGUAAAUAAUUUCAAGGCAAUAGAAGAUGAGGAAGGAUCAAGAGCAUCUCAACACAAGAAAAACGGUUUGAGUAAUUUUAAAACUAAGAGGGCUUAUUUUUAUUGGGUGACAAAGGAACAAGGUUCAUUUGAGUGGUUUAAAGGAGUAAUGAAUGAGGUGGCUGAAGAGGACCAUAGAGGAGUAAUUGAGUUACACAAUUAUUGUACUAGUGUUUAUGAAGAAGGUGAUGCUCGUUCUGCUCUUAUUGCUAUGCUUCAAUCACUUAACCAUGCUAAAAAUGGUGUUGAUAUUGUCUCUGGAACACGUGUUAAGUCUCACUUUGCUAAACCUAAUUGGCGUAGUGUCUACAAGCGCAUUGCACUUAAUCAUCCACAAGCUCGAGUUGGUGUAUUUUACUGUGGGCUACCAGCACUUGCUAAAGAGCUUCGUCAAUUAGCUUCGGAUUUUUCUCACAACACUACCACCAAAUAUGAUUUCCACAAAGAAAAUUUCUAGUAAAGUGGAGUCAUUAAUUAAUUAUUGAAGAGAAAAUGCGUUGUGGAACAAGAUGGUCUUCCACUUUUAUCCCACUACUAUAUGAUUUGAUAUAUAAAAUUUGGACUAUGUGUCCUUGAUGAUGUUCUUAAUAGGUACGUUUUUGUGGUCCCCUAUCGCAAUAUGUAGAGGAAAAAGGUAAAAAAAAUAAGUUUAGGGGUUUGUUCAAUUAGAUUGUACCUAGCAAAUUUAUGUUUGGACAUAUUAGUGGAUGUAUAUACAUACUUCACACACAACUAUGGGCCAUAUACUGAUUACUCUAAUGGUUUGAGGGUUGUUUCCAAGUGCCUACUAACCAUUUUUUGUGAAUUACACAAAUGUCUUUGAGUGUUUGAAUCAGCUUGUAAAAAUAGUUUAUGAAAUUAGCAAACAUGUGAUUACACAUA